CUUAUUGAGAGCACAAUCCAAAAACAAAGUAAAACUCAUUUAACAUACGCCAAAACAUAAACAGGACAAGACGAGCCACCAAAUGGACCGUCAUAUUAUUGUUCCAACCAACAAAACGAAUUGAAUAUGACUGAUUUUCACCAAGGAUCUGAUGACAUGAAUUUCCCCAACCUGCAGCAGCAUUAUCCGUAGCAGAUUGGUCUGGGUAUUAGCUAUUUGAGCGGGCCACAUAGAUAUAGUGGGCUAUUCUCCAUUAGCCCAUUAAUCAUACUUGAGCGGUUGAGCCCAAAUUCGUGCGAUAUAUGAACAAACGUCAGACAAAUACAAAAUGAUUCAGUUGCGUCUCCCAUCCAAAAAGCCAAAAAAACCAGUCACGUCACCGUUCUUCUGUGUCCAUCGCUGCGAGACCCGCCAUGGAAGCUCUGAGCUCCUCUGCCGCCACCAUCGUCUCCUCUUCUUCAUCGUCUUCCCUCUCUUUCUUCUCCCAGAAGCGAACUAAGGAUUCUACCUGCAGAUUCCUCCGAUGCCACAAUUCUUCCCCCAAAAACGACGGAGACAACUCAGAUCUGCGCUCGAGCUCCGACUCGAAAGACUCAAGCAGCAUCGUCCCGUUCUUCAAUCGCAACGCCCUCUCCAAGUCCAAUUUCAAUCAGGAUGACGCCAUGGGAUUGGUUCUCAGCGCGGCGUCGCUGAGGGGAUGGACGACCGGCUCGGGGAUGGAAGGGCCGCCGGCACCCGCUGGAGCGGAGGACGGAUCCAAUACGGAGAAGGUUUCCACCUUACCGUGGUCGCUCUUCACCAAGUCUCCUCGCCGGAGGAUGCGGGUGGCUUUCACUUGCAACGUCUGCGGUCAACGCACAACUAGGGCGAUCAACCCUCACGCCUACACCGAUGGCACCGUCUUCGUUCAGUGCUGUGGAUGCAAUGUGUUUCAUAAGCUGGUGGAUAAUCUGAACUUGUUUCAUGAGAUGAAGUGUUAUGUGAACCCGAGUUUCAAGUACAAGGACUCGAAAUGGGACGGCGGUGUGUUUAGAUUCUUCGAUGUGGAUGACGAUGAGGAUGAUCAUGAUGAUGAUGAUGGCAAUGUUUCGUUUCCGAUCUGAAAGAAGGCUGGAGAAACCGGUGAGCGAGUUAUAUACUGUGUACAUUCUGAUACUAGUACUACCCGGUGUUUGUAUAUAUGAAAUGAAACCCUCUCUCCCUUAAGUUAUCCAUGGUGGUUCUGUCUGUUCAUUUGGGAAUAAUGCUAUUACGUGCUGCUGGGAUUAGAGGCUAGUUCAUGUUUAUCAGGUGCUAAGUACGCCAGACCAAUGUCUUGUUGUUCAUUCAUAUGUGAAGUUUAGUGUCAAAUCCCGGUUUCGUUCGAUGAACUAGAAGAUAAUAUACUGGUAAUAGUCAUUGGAGAGCAUGGACUUGUGCUAUCUUGUAUCCUUGCUUGUUUGGAAGGUAGAAAAUUUUCAGAUAUGGGAAUAGGAUUUUCACUUGCAGCAUGGAUGGUAGACUUUUGAUGCUGUUAUUUGUCGAUACGCGAUUAUGUUCAGUUAGAGGGAUGCUCUUGCUCUUUGCCGUUUGAUCAAUGGCUGAAAAACCUAUAGAAUGUGAUGAAUGGCUUGGUAUGUGCUUAUAGCUGCACAUCAGGUGAACACCGAUGGAUCGAUUCCUGGCUGAGUUCAUGCCUAUUCAGUAGGUAGCUGAAGGUCGAGAUUGACUUCCCCCUUAGACGACUAAAGUACAGGCUGAUUGUUUCUGGACGGACAAGAGGACUGUGAGUGGCUAAUCUCUAACCUUUCUCUAACAGCUCAAGGAGGAAGGCACAUCUCGAAGGCGAUAAACAUUGAAGAUUUCU